AUGAAGGACCGCCUGGCGCAGCUGAAGGAGGUGAGAUACCUGCUGGUCCUCACAGACACCUCUGCGUGUUUAAAGCCUGUGGGUUGUUUUGUUUUAUGUCUGAAUGUCGUCAUUGAACAGAAGAGUGACGCCGGAGGAGGAGAUGACAUUCAGGUUCCUGUGGAGGGCGAAGCCUUCAUGGAUGAUUUCUUCGCACAGAUUGAAGACAUCCGCACCAGCAUCGACAAGAUUGAUGAGAGCGUCACAGAAAUCAAAAAACUCUACUCCACCAUUUUGUCAGCGCCCACAUCAGAGCAGAAAACUCAGGACGAUGUAGAAGCCCUCACCAACGAGAUCAAAAAAUCAGCCAACAAUGCAAGAAAUAAGCUUAAAAGUAUUGAACGACAGCUGGAGUCAAACACAGAUGAGAGAGCCUCAGCUGACCUCCGGAUACGAAAGUCACAGCAUGCCAUUCUGGCCAAGAAGUUCGUGGAGGUGAUGACGAAGUACAACGAGGCUCAGGUCGACUUUCGAGAUAAGAGCAAAGGACGAAUCGCCCGACAGCUGGAGAUCACGGGGAAAGCCACGACUGACGAGGAGCUGGAAGAGAUGCUGGAGGGAGGAAACGCUGCCGUGUUCACCGCCGGGAUAAUGGACUCCAAGAUCAACCAGCAGGCCCUGAAUGAGAUCGAGGCUCGUCACAAAGACAUCAUGAGGCUGGAAAGCAGCAUAAAAGAGCUUCACGACAUGUUUGUGGAUAUCGCCAUGCUGGUUGAGAACCAGGGGGGAAUGAUCGACAGAAUUGAGAGCAACAUGGACCAGUCGGUGGGGUUCGUAGAGAGGGCGGUGGCCGACACCAAGAAGGCAGCAAAGUACCAGCAGGAGGCCCGCAGGAAACAAAUGAUGAUCUUCUGCUGCUGCGUCAUCCUGGCCCUGGUCCUCGGAUCGUUUGUCUACAGCUUCAUCAAGUAGAACCGCCUGAACGAGGAGCAGAGCUGCUGUCAGUUUACUGCCAUUCAAAGAGGAAACGCUGCAUUUGUUCACCAGUAUUUUACAACAGAUCACGACAACCUAAUCAGGCUUCUCCAGAUUUAAAUUCACUUUCACUGCAGUUGCUGGACUACUACGGUUAUUAUCAAAGAGAAGUGACUUCUGAAGAACGUCUUGCUUUCUGUUUGGACAUGUCUGAAGAGAAAUAUGUCAGGUUUAAUUAAUCUGACUCCUACUGAUUUAAAUCACAUCCAUGAACAGCCAUUCAGUGUGAGGAGGAGGAGGUAGAUAAAACAGGCAGUUUAGUUCAGCACGUAAUAAUAUCAGCAUUUAAAGAUUUAUAAAUGUGUAUGAUGUAGUCCAGGAGAGUCCAAGUCAUUCUAGUCCAGGUUCCACAUUCAGCCCAGUUUGAUCUGCAGUGGACCAGUUUUACUGUACGAUCAGAACGACAAGAGUCACAUAAAAAAGGACUAAAAACAAUAAAAACUAGAAAAGCACUCGGAGAGCGCAUACCUCCGCCAGGCCAUCUGUCUGUCUGUCUGUCUGUCUGUUAACAGCAUAACUCAAACAGUCAUGGACGGAUUUUCACCAAAUUUUUACAGGAUGUCAGGAAGAGCAAGAGUAAGAAUCGAUUAGAUUUUGGAGGUGAUCCGGAUCACCGUCUGGAUCCAGGAUUUUUUUGAAGGACUCUGUAUAAUUGGAGAGAUGGCCGCCAGGUGUCUGCUGUUAACAGACAAACAGACAAACGGACAAACGGACAAACUCCGGUGAUUACAUAACCUCCUGGCAGAGGUAACAAGACAAAAUAUAGUGAAUAAAUGAGAUAAACGACACAAAAUAAAACAAAAAUUUCACAAAGAAGUUACAAAGCAACAAAAAAAUGGAUGAAUGACAAAAAUAAGACCAAAAACACAAAACGGCACGAAAAACAACGAUUAAAGCAAAACACGACAUGACAAAAUAAGACCAAAAAUACAAGCGAGACAAAAGGAAACACAAAACGACAAAAACAUAAGAAUAAAGUCAGACAAAAAAGACAAAAACAGACAAAAUAUUACUGAAAUGAGACACAAAACGACAAAAGAACAAAGAACAAUCUAGUAUUUUACUUUCUGAUCCAAACAACUUGUCAUGGUCUAGAAAUGAUUUUAAAUUUAUAGUUUUACUAAUUUACAAUCUGCAGUUAAUGUCUUCUCUGUAAUUUUUACACUUUGAUUGGACCCUCUGGAGGACCACUUUUGGACCACGGGCCUCAUGGUGGACACCCUGGUUUAGUGUGUUGUGCAGCUGUUCUACUGGAUGGUUUGGGAACGCCGUCUUUCAUUUCUGGCUCUGUGUUUUUACCGUUUGUGUGAACAUGUUUGGCUGUAGCUGCAGAGCGUGUCCAUUAGUGCUGGUGUGGAGUGUUUAUUUUAGAAAUCUGCAGUGAGAAGAUGGAAAGUUUGCAUCACUAGAUGAAGGGUAACCAGAACAUUUUAAUUCUUUGACUAGGAAAGCAGAAUAGCAGAGUGUUUAAUUUACUUUAAUGUGCAUUGUUGUCCACUUUUACAUCACCAAAGGUUUGAUGCUUCCUUAGCAGGCUGUCAAAGAGGAUUUUUUUAAUACAUUUUAAAGAGAAUUUACUGGCUCAUGAGCUGCUGUCUCAGAUGGUUAAAAUACUUAAAAGCAUUAGUAAGGAUCUGCAGCGACCGCCCAUUCUGAUUCCCAUUUAUGAAGUCAGUAUCGUAAGUAUUGAGACAGCUGUUGUUGCUCUUUUGUAUGUGUGUGUGUGUUGUAAUGUGGAACCAUACUACUGUGCCAAUACUUAUGCUAUUGACUGCAUCUAAGAUCACGGCUAAUAUCACGUUGAGGAUAAACUCCAGCUAUGAGUCUGCAGCGGGCCUUUAUUCUAAUCAUUUUUACAAUUUAUUAAUGAAAGAAAGUCACUUCAAAAUCCAUAUGUAGGAGUUUAAAAAUGAUCGAUAACAGACUCUGUACGACCAAAGCAGAUGUUUUAUAUUUGUUAGAUUAGAAGUAGAAAUAAACUGCUUUCUUUGGUUACACUGA